AUGAAUUACAUAGAGAGGAACAAAAUUGAAACUAUUUAUAAGGACGACUACACAGACUUCACGAGACUUAGCGACUUUGAAAUUUUUACCAAAGAUAUUUUAGUGAGCCUAAAGAAAUUGAAUAUUGUGGAAACCAAGAGGAAGUAUGAAAAGAAAUAUGCAUUUGCUAACGCUGAGCAGAGGGACAAGCCUCUGGCCCCUCUUUCCCUGUUCAUCACUGUAGACGACACGUGUAAUUUUUUAAAAAAAUUAAUAAUAAAAAAGGAUUACUGUAUAAAAUUAAAUUAUAUUUAUUACCCUCAUAAUAAAUGUCAAAAUGUGAUCCCCUUUAAUGUGAAUGAAAAUUCUCACCUCUACAAGAAGAAUGUGAAAACGGUCAACUCGUUUUAUUGUUUGCAUGGCAAUUUGAAUUGCUCCGAGAUUGUUCUUUUCCCCGCUAGGACUUUUCCCAUACAGCGUUUUUUUUUCGUGAACGAAUACGUGGAACUCGAAGUCAUAGACAGGAGUGCCCCGGAGGAAGAGCAGUACAUCAUCCUAGAAAGUCUGUCCCUGAGUAACCUAAUGUUAAACGCGUUGAAGCAAGCCCUGGAUGAGUUGGAGAUUUGCCUGCCGACCUUCGUUGCGGUGGACAAGAACUACUACAUAUACCAUGGCCAUUUCUACACGAGCGACUACACCUACUUUAAGUGCAUGCACCCGUACAUAACGGUGCACAGGAGGGACUCCGGGGCGGCACGAGGCACGACCAACGCAGCUGUCAACGCAGCCGUCAGCGCAUCCGCCAUCGAUGUGCCCCAGAAGGCCAACUACGUCUCCCUGUACAAGGGCACAGGGUUCGAGGUGAACUACAACUCCUUCAAGUUCUUCAACUACUUCAAAUGCUUCUCGUACGACCAGCUGGUGGCCCUCUUCUCCCUCUUCAUUUAUCUGUCCAACGUGAGGGGGAAAAAUAUUUACAAAAUAAAUGUGUAUAUAAAAAACAUAUACUUGAUUGACAAGCCACAGUGCAGCCACAUGCUCAGGGCCAUAAAUCUGAGGAACAAAAAAUUCAGCCUUUUAAAAAUGCUGAUCAGGGGAAAAAAAGGAACAGCAAGAGGGGAAGGAAAGGUGGGGAAAGGAUGGGUAGAUUGGAAAAAGGAAAAUGAAAUAUAUAGGAAGAAGAGUAAACAAAUAUACAUUUUUAAAAAUACGUACAAAAGGAAUUCCUACGACAAAAGAAUUUUGCCUCACAUGUACCUAAACCAUAUUUAUAAUUAUAUAAAGAGAAAAAAAUUUUAUGGACGAAGAAUAUUUCUUUGUUGCCAUGUGAAGGAAAGGAAUGGCUCCCUCGGCAUCAGGGGUGAUAGUAGUGAGGCAGCAGGCCCGCUCAGGUGGUGGAUUGUAAAUCGUAGCAUUGGAGAAGAGGAAAGAAGAAUAGCUACUCGAAAUUACCUGUACAGCAUGAAAAAUGACCUUUUUGGAAAACCCAGUUAUUACCAAUUUAGCGCUUUAAAGAAGGUAAAAUUAGUGAAUGCCUUAUCUGAUGAUGCGAGAGGGGAAGAUGAGGAGGAGGAACAACAGGAGGUGGAGGAGGGGGGGGAGAAUGAUGAUGAUGAUGGUGAAGGGGACAAUAAUGAAAAGACUCUUCCAGAUUAUUCCGAUUCAUCUCUUAUGUUUUAUCCCUGCCCAUCUGUAACUCAAAAUAGCAAUUAUGAAGGAAAUUUGGAAAAUGUCAAAUCCAGGAGGAAAUCCACCUUUGAAGAAAUAAAUCGACUAUACCAUAAUUUGAGGAGCCACAAGAAUUUACCUAAGAGUGAGAGCAGCCCCUUUGUCUCCAUUUAUGUGUUGAAUUUUAUUAACAACAUGGAGUAUAAGAUAUUGGGUGGGCUGGCCAAUGUGAAUGGUGAUGGUGGUGGGGUCGCCUCUCAUAUCGAUGCAGUUUCUAAUAUGAGCAGUGGGAUGUCAUCCCUCAUUGGUGGAUCCUCCAACCUAAGUGGAGGCCCCGUUCAUGUGAAUCCCCACACAAACUUGCGAGGCACUGAGAUGGACAAGAGGAAAAGGAAAAAAGGAGUCAUGAAUGUUUGGAAAAUCAGAUUCAUUAACAAUGAUAAGUACAAAGGAAAAAAUAGCUUCCUCUUAAAGAAUAUACUUAGGCUAUACUAUAACGAGUUAUUAGAAUUAAAAAAAAAAAGGAAUGACAAUGGAAAGCAGUGCAGCAACGAUAUGAUGACCUCGGUGCAACACUAUGUGAUGGAGUUCAUGUCACUUAAAAACAAGGAGUGGGUAAAGGAUAGGGAAAUUGGAGCUUAUAGUUGCUUCAACAUCGAGGAGGAUUCCACAAGGUACUACAUCGACAAGGUACUUAACAACAUGUUUAGUAGUAAUAAAAAAAAUGUGUAUGAAUGGCCUCGGGGUCGGGGGUCUAGAGGGAAAUUGCGGCCAAGGAAAAACGCCUACAAUGAGUGUGUCGGUGCAGAGGAGGCGCAAAGCAGCGGUGGGAGUCACUCGAAUAAUGACGCGGCAAUGAAUCAGAGUGGUGUAGUAGGGGGUGCUAACCACAAGCCCAUCGGGGGAAACCUUUUCGUAAACAAAAUUGACGGAGAGCUCUUCCCCCAGAAGAAAAAUCGAGGGUAUCACAACCUGUAUGAGAAAGAUGCCAAGGAGGUGCACUUCAUUUUAAAGAAGGGAGACAAUUUUCCCAAGAGGAGGGGUUGCCCUUUGUAUGACAGGAGGGGCUUCCCUUUAUAUGAUAGAAGGAGCAGGCGUGGGAGGGACCCUCGGUGUGGUGUGGGGGGAAAGGGGAAAAAAGUACAAAAGAAGGGGCAACAACAAAAGGGGGGCAGUCAGAGUGCUGAAAGCGACGAUCAUGUCGAGAGUGACAGGAGGAAAACGGCGCAGAGAAGCCAAACGAAGCUAGAACAACUGGUGAAGGAUUUCCUCAAAAUUAAGGAAAAGUACUUCCUGUGCCACCACGAAGAAAGAAUAACCAUUUUGUUCUUUUACCUCAUCAGCCACUCGAGUAAUUUAAAAACAUUUUAUUACAUCUGGAAUCAGUUCUUUGACAUUGUGCGAAAUAAAUACGAGAACAACGAAUAUAUUUUCAAUGACCAAAUGUUUCUGUCUUAUGGUCCUUUGAAUGUUUAUUCGUACAGAUGCUCCAUCCUGUCUCAAUACAUAAAGGCGUUAAACAUUUCUACUCAGCAAUUUAAAAUUAACGAAAUGAAAAAUCAUAUGAAAUUGAAGAAGACGCUAAGUAUUUUUUGUAACGACAGCGAUAAUCCUUUGGGGAAGGAAAACUCCAACAAUGGAAGUCUGUCCAAUAUAAAUGAGAAUGAAGCUUUUUUAAGCAUUUCUCAGAGUAAGAGCAGCAAUAGCUUGAGCACUUUUUUUAAGAAAAAUACAUUUGAGGAAAAUGUUUUUUAUUCUUGUGAAAUGAAUGAUAGCAGCAGUGUGUGCAAUCGGAAUGGUUACUAUGGAGGCGUUCGAAAUGAAAACAGCUCACCCAAUUUGGAGUUGGAGUACAAUGGGAGCACGGAGUCGAUUGCGCGUGUUGCGUCUCAGGCGCCUCCCGCGCCCGGUCUCUCCUCUGCCAGCAACAGCGCCAGAAGCGGUGCGAACGUUGGCCCGAGUAACGACGCGAACGUUGCCGCCAGUAGCAACAGCAUUAGUAGUAACAUGGGUGACAACAGCGCAAAUGGGAAUAGCGGCAAACCGGCAAAAUGCAGCAGCAGCAGCGCGCCCCCAGGAACCGAAAAAAAAAAGGCAAACAAAAAAAGAAGCUUGAUGAUAUCGAAUUUUUUCCCUUACCCAUUAAAUAACAUGGAGCUGUUCAUAACUAAGAACAACGGAGGAACGAAGGAAGUGAAUGACCAAGACGAUAUGAUCACCCUCAUACAUGAAAUAUUAAGAAGCAACAACAAGGACAGUUACACUUAUACGGAUUUCACAAAAUGGUAUAGAAAUAAUAUAGGCAAUUUUUGCUACACCUCCCAAAAUGUGCUCAAGUACUGUUACAAGAGCAUAAAGGAAAGCUACUUUGUUAAUGUAGAUGUAGGUUAUAUAAAAGAGAAAUGCAAAGAAAUUGACGAAAAAUAUUAUAAGGGGGGGAGUACAAAUGAUUCCCUUCUGAAAAAGGGGAAGGAGGAUUACUUGAAGAAAAUGUUCCAGUACGUAAAGAACAAUUACGAUUAUAUAAACAAAAUUAAGUGUCCAUUCAACACCUUUUUCGUGGGUGAGCUGAACCUCGACAACCUCCUAAAUUUAAAUAUAAUUGAUUUACUCGACUGUGCAUUUAAGGUCUUUUUCAUUUCUUAUUUAAACUCCGUGAUGAACUCCAAGUUGAUUUACGUGAGCAAGAUUCAGGACAUUCUGGCGAGCAUGUUUACCAUUAUAAAAGGUAUUCACAGGAGGGGAAAAAGGAGGAGUAAGAAGAAGAGGAAGAAGAGUAAAGGGGGAGAGGGAAAGCACCGCGGUGAGGGCAAUCGUGGUGGUGACAACGUUGUAGAGAAGCCUCCCGGGAGUCAACACACUGCGUCUGAAUUGGAUAAGGAUGCACGAGGGAAGGAUGAUCACCCUGGUGAUGGCAGCCUUCCCAACUCGACUUCCAAACAUGAUGUUGGUGAUGCUGCUGAUCGUGGUGAUGGAAGCCGUCCCGACUUGAAGAAGGAUCACGUAAACCGUUGCCCUCUUCGAACUAACCCUUGUAAUAAUGAUAAUGUAGCGAAGCAGGGGAACAGCAGCGAUGAAAACUUCCCUUCUGCUCCAAAGAGUGAUAACCACCAAGGAGGAAAAGAAGCGCCCCCCACGAGUGAUGACAAUCGAGACAACCUAAGCCAUGCAGCGGCUACUACACUAAGGGACAAUCCUCCUGCCCAUGUUGUGAAGUCACAAGAAAAUAUGAACGACUCCGAAAUAAACAGCAGCGAUAAUGUAGACUUUUGCUACAGUAGUGAACAAAAGGCAGGAUGUAAAAACAGCUUCAACAUUAACAAGGAGGAAAAUUAUUUUAAAAAUUACUCUGUUGAUUCAGAAAAAAAAAAAAAAAAAAGUACAUGCAAAAAUACCAACUUUUCCAGGGAAAUUAAAAAGACAUGCAAAAAAAGGUACCAAAUUAUUUUUAACCAGAAAUUAUUUCUCUUAUUUGAAACAUGUGAGCAAAUGUUUAACAAAGCAGCAUGGCUGUAUAAAAUUUUUAAUAACGGUUUGAAUGAAAAAAGGAUUUUCUCUUUGAUUAAUACCAUCCUGGAGUCGGAAGAAAAAGAAAUUAUUAUCAACCCCAAGGACCAGAAAUAUUUUUACGACUUUAUUAAAAACAUUUGUCUCAAUGAGAACAACAAGAAUAGCGCGUUUGAAAAAAAGUGGAGCAGCAGUGCCUCCAAGUUCCACAAAAUAAACAAAUCCAUUUCGUCAAAAAAUUUAAAUAAAACUUUUAAGGCGAAAAGCGAGAGAAGCGAAAGGAGUGAGAAAAGUGAAAAAAGUGAAAGAAGUGAAAGAAGCGAAAAAAGCGAACGAAACGAAAGGGGAGCAAAAAAUGACAACAACAGCAGCAGUGCUAAGAACCCCGUGAUUAAUAACCCUUAUCAAAAAUUGGGUGUAUCUGUGAAGGUAAAAAAGAAUGAUUCACAGCCUUCCCAAACGACCAGUGAUGAAAAAAAUAUGCUCAACAAAGAUAAGCUGUCCCUCCUCUUGCACUCUUACAAUAAGGAACAGAAUAUUCAGGAGUGCAUUAUUGACUUUGUCGACCAUAGCUUUGGAGACCCUCUCUACAACACCCCCGCGCGCAUGUACUGCAGCGUGAACCCGGUCGACACAACGGUUUCGUUUGUUAAGACGACUUCCAUUUUGUGA